ACUAGUCUUGGUUCGAUGUACCUAGUCCAAGUCAAUAUAUUCCCAUUUGUUCUUCUAAAUUGGACGGUCACGGAAGGAGUGUCUCUCAUUUUCCUUUGUUUGUUGUGUUCCGGUUGUCUCAUAUAGAUGACGCUGUUGGAAGAGCAAAAGGAUCAAUCAACUUUGGAGAAUCCGAACCUAUCGCCGCCAAAUUCGUAUGGCGCCGUCGUUCUCGGUGGCACAUUCGACCGUUUGCACGACGGCCACGGCCUCUUCCUCAAAGUAAAACUAACAAAAUUAUCUCUCUGUCUAUCUCUCUAUUUUCUUAUUGCUUGUGUUCUAGUUUUAUUUCUUUAUCCAAAUUCAUAUGAAAAACGAAAUUUUGUUGGAAAUAGUCAGCAGCGGAGCUUGCCAGGGAUCGAAUCGCGUGCUGGCAGUGCAAGUUGAACCUAUUACAGAUCCCUACAGACCUUCAAUCAUUGAUGAACACUUGGAGGCCAUUGUUGUCAGCAAGGAGACAUUACCAGGUGCAAUAUCUGUUAGUAAGAAAAUAGCUGACAGAGUUGUAGAUCUAGUUUCUGAAGAAUCUAGUGGAGGCAAGUUGAGUUCAACAACUUAUCAAAAAAAAAAAGUAGAGUUCAACAACAUUAAGAAAGCUUGAAGCUGAGUAGGCCCCAAAAAAACCAACAGUUUGCCUCAAAUUUGAUGGUAAUAAACUGAUAUGCUAUCAAUGGCUGCAACAAAGGUUGUCAUAGUUUUAUAGUUCAUUCUUCUCUCUUUCGUGAUACUCCAACAGCAAAAAUGUACAAGGGAGCCUGAAUUUAAUACCAUAAAGCUUUCAAGUUUCUCCUCUAAAGUAUCAAUCUUUGACACAAAAUUAGUUCUUUUGUCCUGCACUUAUAGGACGGCUGUGAUGAAGAGUAUACAUGUAUCUUGAUGCUUUUAACUUGUGGUUCAAACUUCUUUUUUAGCUUAAUGAGAUAACAAAUAAGGACCGCACAAAGCAAAU